AUGCCUGUUGAUCAGUUCUUCCCUCUCGAAAGAAACCCGUUGACUCAAGAACCGUUCCUGCGGUUACGACAGCAUAAAAAUGUUAUCAUGACUCCAAUGCGUUGGGAUGACGCGCCACAUAUCGCCGCAUUACUGAAUGACCCACGCGUCUAUAAAUGGUUAAUGUACACACCCUAUCCGUAUACACACGAGGACGGAGAGGAAUGGAUUCAACUCACCAAACCAAAACUUGAUGCUAUUCUUCAGGAACUGCAAAUUGCGCAAGGUCAAGACGAGCUCAAGAUUGUUGGUGGUGCCCCCAUUUGUUCCAUACGUGAAAUUCAGGAAGAUGGAACGGACAAAUACAUCGGGUCUCUCGACAUUAUCCGCUGUCUAGAAGUUGCGUUGCUCGAUGUUGACACGAAAGAAGCCCAGCAGAAAGCUGAUCGCAACAAAAUUCUCGGAAAAGGAGACCCAGAUAUUAUAUGGUCGUUCGGCGAUUACCUUGCACCAAGUCACCAUGGUCAAGGCAUCAUGACAGACGCGAUCAACACACUCUUACACGACUGGGCUAUCCCGCGCAUGAACGUUCAUAGAAUUAUCUGUUCUGCUUUUCUUGGAAACCGCGGCAGUGUACGGGUAUUCGAAAAGAAUGGCUUCGUAAUGACGCGGACAAUCCAAGAGCAUGCAGUCGUAAGAGGGGAAUUGAGGGGUUCGCAUAUUCUAGAAUGGACCAUGGAGGAAAGCAAAAAGUCCUAA